AUGGGGACUGUACCAGAUCCUCUGAGAUCUGCCAAGCUUUCCCUGCUCACAACUUCUGCGGAGGAGGACCACCUGGGAGACCUGCAGUCUGCUAAGCACCAGCCCCAACUACCCAGUGGAGAGAGGGCCAGCAAUGGCUUCCCGUGCACGCCGUCCCGCUCUGCUGGGGUUUGCUUGUUUGACCUGAAAUGCACGGCAGCUACCAGCGCGCAGAGGUGCGAGCAAUACUGCGAGGACGAUGCUAGCCAGCAGGAAGCCUUCCUUCCUGGGCUCGCCAGCCAAACUGCGGAGGGGCAUCCUGCAGCCAUAGAGCCUGCUGGUUGCUCCCGGCCAGCGGGCAGCCAGGGACCGGCAGCACCUGCCCCCGCUGCAGCAGAAGCCCCCUUGGUGGGGAGGGGGCCCGAGAUGAUGCCAGCCCCCCAGAGCUCCCGGCAGUUUGUGCAAGGCAGCCAGGCGAAAACAAGCUCCCUGACGCAAAUGGAUGACUCUGCUUUGAAAGCUCAGGGAACUGAUGAUCAGCCAGCACUUGAGGUGUUAAAUUAUUCUUCCCCGGACGACCCUAUUAGGGGUAAUGAAUCCUGCCAUACUUCUCAGGCAAACCUUCUGCAAAGAGGGGAAAAAGACAGGGGAGCAGAAAAAACUGGUUCUGCUGCAUGUCAGUCAGCCUUGCCAGUGAGGCACACCGAAGCUGACCUGGGGAGAGACCCACAGACCGGUUUGGAGGUAAAAAGCGGGGCUGCAGACACCACGCAGUUGCAUCCCACAGAUAAAACUGAAGCGGUGCAGGGCAGCGAGGCACCGGCCCAGUCUAGGCACGAGAUUCCGCAUCCCAUACGCAAUGCGGACACCGAGCCAGGGAGUCCAGGCCCCACCCAGCUCUCCAAAUUCAGAGAAACGGGUACAAUGACGGUUCAGUCGGAGAGCAGCUCUUUAACUCAGGAAGCAGUAAGCAGGACGUGGCGAGAUGCUGAGGUUCAGGCCGUGGCUACCGUGGAGAGCAAAUCGGCCUCCACCAGUCCCAGCAUCCUUGCUGCCUUCUUAAAAGGGACUCUUCCUUCAGAGGAGAAGGAAGAACUGCACAUCAUUUACCAAGGAGGUAUGGGGCUGAGCCAGGCUGCACUUACUGACAGUUUAUCCUCACAACAAAAGUCCCCAUGUUCUCCUGGUCUCACGUCCAAAUCGACUGUUGUUACGGCUGUGACUGCUUCAGCCCAAGCCCAGCCUGCCAAACUGCCUGGGGUCCCAGCUGACGUGGUGUCUCUGGCCUCAGCAGAUAAUGCAAAACCUGCUCUCCCCUUCUCCCCUGCAGCCGUUACCUCCCAAGGGACAUCUGUGGGUAAUGCUGAAAUGAUCGUCGCAGCUCGUGGCGGCAAGGAUGCUGCUCGGCUGCCGAUGGAUGCUCUGGUCCCACCAAAGCCCAUCUCUGUUGAGCAGCUUGCAGGUGACUCCAGUAAUCAAACUCCAGCACAGUCUGGGUCUGGCGCUGGUGAACCAAGCACUACUUCUGCUGCCGUUGUCCCAGGAACCAAGAAUAACGUGCGAGAUGUUGUCGACGAUGUGGGAAGCAGCCGGUUACCUUUACUCUGUAGCACAGAGGGUGAAGUCAAGCAGAAGGAGGUCCUGGGCAGCUCUGAGCAAAAGUCUGUGCAAUGUCAGGGUGCGAGUCAAGGGGAGGCCAUUCCUAAUCAAUCUGUGCUAAAACCAACGGAAGAAAACUCGGUGGUGCUUGAUCCUAAAGGAGGGAUGAAUGUUAGCAGCCAACCUGCUGCUGUCCGCAUAAAGGCAUGCUCAGAGGAUGCAGGUGAAAAGGAGGAGAGCAAAGGCCAGGGAGAUGCUGGCCAGGCUCAGACAGCCAGCAGCCAGAGCCUGCAGGCAGGACUGAUGCCCGAGUUGAGCGUGAGCUCUGCAUGUCUCACCCCUCCCUUGGAGGCAUCGGUAGCUCCCCAGCAGCAAGGUCUCCAGGCCAAGGAGUCCAGACGCGAGCUUCACACCACAGCUCUUCCUGCUUCAGCUCAGGCCUUGCCAAACCUGGGGGAAAACAAAAAGCAGCCCACCCCAGCCAUGGAGGCAAAAGUGCAGGUGAAGCAGUCCAAGCACGUCAGGGAUGUUGUUUGGGACGAGCAAGGUAUGACGUGGGAGGUUUACGGUGCUUCCCUCGAUCCAGAAUCCCUGGGAAUUGCCAUCCAGAACCACUUACAGAGACAAAUACGGGAACACGAGAAACUGAUCCGGGCCCAGAACAGUCAGACCCGGAAAUCCAUUUCCUCGGAUACAUCCUCAAAUAAAAAACUGAAAGGGAGGCAGCACAAUGUGUUCCAGUCCAUGCUGCAGAAUUUUAGGCGUCCUAAUUGCUGCGUCCGACCCGCUCCCUCUUCUGUGUUAGACUGA